AUGGAAUUUCUGGAGCAUAACUGCCUUUCUCACUGGAACACAAGCUGCUCUCUGGACUUUCAUUUGAGUUAUGUCAAUGUAUUUUUGUUUUUGUACAUAUCUGCAAUCUCUGUUCUGACUGUGUGUGGAAAUCUACUUGUCAUCAUCUCUAUAACAGUUUUCAGGCAGCUUCACACACCAACCAACCUCCUCAUCCUCUCACUGGCCUUUUCUGACCUGUUGGUGGGAAUCUGUUUGAUGCCGGUUGAAAGCAUCAGGAGCAUCAACUCCUGUUUUUACAUGGGAAAGUCACACUGUCGUAUCUUUCAUAUCAUUAUGUCCAUUGUUGGCUCUGCCUCCCUUAUGAACAUCAUGUUAGUGGCUAUUGAUCGUUAUUUUGCUGUAUGUAAUCCACUUCUGUAUAUGUCCAAAAUGACAAUCAGAAAAGCUCUGAUCUGCAUAGGUUUAGGAUGGACUGUGUCCAUCGGUUAUAAUAUUGUACCACUGAAUAUGAGAAAUUUAGACCCGACAGGAGCUGUUGUGGUCUGUUUAAGGGAAUGUGCAGUGGCUUUCAGCAAUUCAUGGGGUCCUGCUGACUUAAUAGUGACCUUUAUUGCUCCAUGUAUUAUGAUGUUAAUUCUGUACAUAAGAAUCCUCACAGUGGCCUUGAGACAAGCCAAAGCCAUUUCCAACAUGACAAAGAAAAAUGCAUCUCAGUCAUCCAGGAAAUCAGAAGUAAAGGCAACCAAAACAUUGAGCACUAUUGUCUUAAUUUAUUUAGUUUGCUGGAUUCCCUGGUAUGCAAGCAUGCUAAAUAUGGAACAAUUUAACAAGUUUCCUACUAGCCUCUCUGCUUUUUUAUGUUUAUUUUACACUAAUUCAUGCAUCAAUCCCUUUAUAUACGCAAUAUCUUAUCCCUGGUUCAAAAGGUCAGUGAAACUUGUGCUUAGCCUAGAAAUACUGCACACAGCAACAAACCAGUUGAACUUAUUUGCUGAAGACUGCUAA